GGCGCCCGCCGCGGUCCUUGACUCCUUACGGCCCUGCCGUGGAAUUACGGCUGCACCGCGCCUUACGGGAGCUCAGGGUGAUCAGGAGGGACAAGCGAGGUGUCAGAUGUGAAGAGCUGGAGCGUGGGGACUCGGAGCCCGAAAUGAGGAGCGUCCCAGAGCGGAACAGGAACUCUUCUCUGACACAGUGCCAGCAGGGGAAGAGAAGUGCUACCUCGUUACUGCCAGCCACAGAAAGUGUACACCAAGCUGGUAUGACCGCCUGACCUGUCAACUCUCCAUGUGCUGGGUCCCCAGGAAGGUGAAGGAUUUGUGGUCUUGUUUGCCCUGUGCUGAGGAUGUGCAGAAUUUCCUCUCUGAUUACAGAAUUCAAGAUGGGGCAUCAGAUGUUCAUUUUAUCUACACCAGAGAAGCCAGAUGGCAUGGCGAGGCUUCUGUUGAACUCUACUCAGAAGAUCAUAUCAAAUGGCCCUGAAAAAAGAGAGAGAAACCACAGCACACGGAUAUAUUCAAAGUUUUUGGAACUUUAUUUUGCAUACAAAUCACCUGCGGAUCUUGCUGAAAUGCACGUUCUGAUUCAGGAAACAGCCUGACGCGCCCCCUGCCGGAUCUGGCAGAAGUAGCUCCGGCUCCGCCUCCCGCUAGGGAGGUGUAGGCGCCUGCCGCGGAGCCUGACGGGAAACGGACCAUCUUGGUGCCUGGCACGCGCCAGGCGAGAGGUCCAGGUCCAGGUUCCCAGGAACAAAGCAGCUCCUCAGGAGCAGGAAUCCCACCUGGAAGAUCGCCCAUCUGAGCUGAGACCUCUCACCAGAGCAGAGGAGGAGGAGGCUGAGAAAGAGCAGACCCUAGAUUUGCACGCCUAGAAGCAACUUCUGAUCCUUGUACUCACCUCCAGAAGCCACCCCAAGCUGUAAGACAAUGGGGAAUUUGAGCCAAGUUUCAGAAGAGAGAGCUCCACUUUCAUAGUUCUCUACAUGUUCCCUAGAGCAGCAGAAAAUGAACAGAUCUCAGACUGCCACAGAGAAUGCCCAAGAAAAUCCAUUGGAAUGUGAGAAAUACUACCAUAUCUAUAUACAGGGGCCAGUGUCAUUCAAGGAUGUGACUGUGGGCUUUACCCAGGAGGAAUGGCUGCAUCUGGAUCCUGCUCAGAGGACCCUGUACAGGGAUGUGAUGCUGGAGAACUACAGCCACCUUGUCUCAGUGGGGUAUUGUGUUACCAAGCCAGAGGUUAUCUUCAUGCUGGAGCAAGGAGAUGAGCCAUGGAUACUGGAAGAAGAGUCCCCAUGCCACAUUCACCCAGACUUCCACAUACUUGAUGACCAGAUGGAGAAGAGCCAGGAAAACCAAGACCAGCAUUUGUGCAAAAUUGAUUUCAUCAACAACAAAACCCUAACUAAGGGCAGAAAUAGUACAUUAGGAAAAACAUUUUGUCUGAACACAAACCCUGUUCCAUCAAGAAAAAUACCUGGUAAAUAUGAUUUGUAUGGAAUGAGUUUGAAUUAUACUUCAGAUUUAAUUAUUAAUAGUAGAAACUCUUUUGUAAAGAAAUCUGAAGCGUUUAAUACACACGGGAAAUUGCUUCUCUGUACAAAUCACAGAAAUCCUCAUUCCAGAGAGAACUCUUUUGAAUAUGAUUGGAAUAGGAAAGCCAUUAGGCAAAAUGAGGACCUUUUACAACCUCAGGAUAUUCAAUCUUUCAAACAACUUUUUGGUUAUAAUGAAUGCGGGAAAACCUUCCAUGAGGAGGCAGCCUUCAUUAGCCAUAACAGAGCAUGCUUAUGGGAGAAGCACUGUCAAUAUAAUGAACCUGUGAAAAACUUUUCUGAUAGACCAACAUUCAUUGUUCAUCAGAGAACUCACACAAGGGAGAAUCAGUAUGAAUUUAAUGACUGUGGGAGGAGGUCUGUUGAUGAGAAGUCAACUCUAAUUAAACACCAUGAAGUUCUCAUGGGGGAGAAGCACUGUGAGUGUAACCAGAGUGAGAAUAGUUUCCACAAAAAGACACUCCCCACUCACACUCAGAGAACUUAUAAAGGAGAGAGAAUCUUUGCCUGUAAUGAAAAUCGGGACGUAUUCUGCAAAAAGCCAAACUUUACUCAGCAUCAGCAAACACAUAAAGGAAAAAAAUCCUGUCAAAUUAAUCAAUAUGCUCACGCUUUUCGCCAGAAGCCAAAUCAUCCUACAUAUCAGAAUACGGAUGUAAGAGAAAAAUUUUAUCAGUGUAGUGAAUGUGGAAAAACCCUUGGCCAUAAAUCCUCUUUCAUCCUACAUCAGAGAAUACACAGAGGGGAGAAGCCCUAUGAAUGCACUGAAUGUGGAAAAACUUUUGGAUAUAGGUCAGGCCUUGCAGUACAUCAGAGAAUACACACAGGGGAGAAGCCCUUUGAAUGUAAUGAAUGUGGAAAAAAUUUCUGUGAGAAGUCAAAUCUCCGUGUACAUCAGAGAACUCACACAGGGGAGAAACCCUAUGAAUGUAAUGAAUGUCAGAAAGCUUUCAGUGAUAGGUCAGCUCUCACAGUACAUCAGAGAGUACAUACUGGGGAGAAACCUUAUGAAUGUAAAGAAUGUGGGAAACACUUCUCCCAGAAGCCUAACUUCAUUAAUCAUCAGAGAACUCACACAGGAGAGAAGCCCUAUGAAUGUAAUGAAUGUGGAAAAUCUUUCUCUGUGAAGUCAAAACUUAGAGAACAUCAGAGGACACACACAGGAGAGAAACCUCAUAAAUGUAAUGAAUGUGGGAAAACUUUCUACCACAAGUCAUCCCUCACAGUACAUCACAGAACCCACACAGGGGAGAAACCCUAUGAAUGUGAUGAAUGUGGGAAAACCUUCUACCAGAAGUCAUCCCUCACAGCACAUCAGAGAAUACACAUUAGGGAGAAACACUAUGAGUAUAAUGAAACCUUUCACCAGAAUCCUGACUUAAUCAGAGAAACAACACUGAGAAGAAACACUUGUCAACAUCCUGAAGGCUCAGAAACCUUCACGCUCUUGUCAGACUAAUUGCUUAGCAGAAGAAACCCAGUGGGAGGAGGGAGGAGAGGAAUCUAAUAAAUGAGAAAACUCUUUUGCCCAGAAGUGACAUUUCAUUGAACAACAAAUAAUUAAUAUUUAGGAAACCUUAUUAAUAUUUUGAACAUGUUACAGCAUCAGUAAAAAGUUUAAACUACAUCCUGUAUCAGUGAGUUUGUACUGGAUGUAACUAUAUCAUUUUAGGAUUUGUGAAUUAAAAUUUUUCCCUUACAAUAUACUAGAAUUCUUGUUUCAGAUAUGAUAUCAUUUUUAUUGAAAGUAUUCAGUAAUGGACAUAGUAUGAAUAGGAAUCUUUUUAAAAAAACUAAUGAGUUGAAUAAUUCCUGAUAUUACACAAAAAUAUGAAGAGUCCCUUUUGCAGGGUAUGUAUGAGUGUGCUAUAUAUGAGAAAUUUUGCAUGUUAAGUUUGCUUAUUGGAACUCAGCAUUAGAAUAGGAAAUAUACAUGUUUGCUUAAUAAGUAUGACAUGCAUACAGUUUCUCACAAUAUCUGGGUAUAUUUUGCUUUAGUUGAAAUUUUUAUUGAGAUAAUUGUAGAUUGUGAGAUGUAAGAAAUAAUUCAGAGUGAUCCUGUGUACCCUUUACCCAGUUUUCUCUAAUAGUAACAUCAUCCAAAACUAGUAUACGAUAUCACAAACUAAGAGAAUAACAUUGAUAGAAUGCAUUGAUAACGUUCACAUUUUCCCAAUUUUACUUAUACUCAUUUAUGUGUAUUCGGUUCUGUACAGUCUUAUCACAUGUGUAGGACUGUGUAUCCACCACCAUAGUCCAGAUACAGAACAUUUCCAGUACCAGAGGAUUCUGUGUGUUUUCCUUUUAUAACCACACCCACCUCCCUCCUGCAUUCUCCUCAUCUGUCUCUAACUCCUGGCAACUAGUAAUGUGUUUUAUGUUUCUAAAGUUUUGUUGUUUAAUAAAUGUUACAUGAAUGGAAUCAUACAGCGUGUAAUCUUUGUUUAAAUUAUUUUUUAUUGUGGUGAAAAUAGACACAACGCAUACACCAUCACAGCAAUUUCUACACAUACAGUUCAGUGACAGUGAUUACACUCUUCAAGUUGUGCAUCCAUUCUCCCCAUCCUUUUCCAACCAUUAAAAUAAUCUCAGUGUCCCCUACGCAAAAACUCUCCCUUUCUUCCAUCCUCCCUCUCCUGGUAACCACUAAUAAUCUUUGAUUUCUAUAUAUUUGCUUAUUUCAUAAAAGUGAGAUCAUACAGU